AUGCCGGUGGACAUUGUUGCAGCUCCAACCCCUCCGCCUUCAGUAGUCCCUACUUCUGUGACGCCAAGCCCAUCUACAUCUGAGCGCCGUGAUCUGUACCAGCAUAAACGCCCACAGAGACAUGAUGAGCACUUCACUUCCAGUGAUGAGGAAAAAGUGGAAACGGUUGACAGGGACCAGCAACUCCGUGUCAAGCAAGCCAAGCUCGCUGAUGAGGGUGGGCGGGGCAGAGGGCGCGGGAGAGGAAAGGGCAGAGGCAAAGGCAGAGGGGACCGCCCAAAGCAGGUUGAGGAGCAGGGGGAUGAUGGUUGGGGGAUGGGUGCUAGUUGGGAGGACUGGUACCAUUCGGAAUGGGACUGGGAUUAUGAGCAUGGCUGUUGGUGGUGGGAAGUUCGUGACAAGCCAAGGGGCUCCACAAAAGAGAAAAAGAAAGAAAAGCCACGAAAGGAGACAAAGGUUAAGGCGGGCAAGGAGGCCAAGGAGCCAGGAAAGGAGACAAAGGUUAAGGCGACAGGCAGCGAGGCCAAGGAGCUAGGAAAGGAGACAAAGGUCGAGGUGACAGGCAAGAAGGCCAAGGUUGAGAAGGCCAAGGUUGAGAAGGAUGAAACUGAGAAUGGUGCCAAUGGCAAGAAACGCAAGGCAGCAAACCAGGUUGAAGCAGAGCAGGAUGGUAGCAAAGCAACCAGAACACGCGAACGCACAAGCGCACCAGCAAGCAGCAGCAAAGAAGGCAAGAAAAAGAAAAGCAAAUCCCAGGGCAAGGAAAGCAUGUCAGUCCCCAUGUUGGAGCAAACGCCAAAAGACAGGGAAGGACAAAUCUUGAUGUUGAAAACCUUCGCAUUGAACUUCCAGCACAUCAAAGAAGACUCCCUCCCCGUUCGACAAGAACUUCGGGACCAGCUGCCUCCCCUCCAGACAUGCCAGCUGAACAUCUAUUGGGGUGAAGGAAGGGCAAGUUGCGGUUUGAAACAUGUGAAGCAGGGAAAAAACUUUGGCCUUUACAACUUCCUGAACCGCGACACGGAAUACAUCAACAAGAUGGCUGUUGCAAUCAAGGCUGCUCACAUGCUGGCUGUCUACUUGGACGAUUUGUUCGGAAGAGGUGUGGUGAAUGAGGAAGUUGACUUGGUGGGUCACAGGGGCUUGAAUCGGAUGAAGGAGAUGAUCAGAAUGGCUGGGCAAGCUGCUCUGGAUGAGUCCUUAAAUGGGAAGGCCAAGAUCAGCCAGCAACCGGUCCUCACGCCGGGUGACUUUGUUCUUUGCAUUCUACUACUCCUGUGGACUUUCGAGACCAUGGAGGAGUACGAGUGGCUGGAGUACUUCGCGGGGCUUGGCAAUCUAACGAAAUGUAUGAAAAGCGCCAUGUACAAGUCAGCUCGAUUUGAAUUGUUGGACAACCUUCACCCAGAGCAUUACAAGUCAAACUUCAUGGACUUGAACUCUGCAAGUGGUUUUGCGUUGGCAAUUCUCUGCAUGUUGCGGACUGUCGCUGCAGAUUUCUGUGCACACUUUGGGCUAAAAUGUUCAAGCUUUUGCCGUGUCAACGUUGGAACAUCAUAUCGAAGUGCUUGUACGGCCAUCAGAUUGCACUUUUACAAGUCAGUGGCAUCUUCCAACAAACUACUGGAGAGGACAUGCCUUUUGGUAUUGCUCUGCACAGCACUGGGGGGGUGUUGGACCUUGGAGCAGCCCAAUGGUUCAUAUCAGUCCUACUAUCCAGCUUGGAGAUAUAUUGCGGAAUCGAUCUUCAACACUGGGGGGCCAAUGGCGGUCCAAGAGGUGCGGUGGUGGAUGGCUUCGUACGGGGCUGACACCCCGAAACGCCAUGUGUGUUAUAGCAACAGUGUUCAAAUCAAGAAGUUAGACAAAGGCCGUCUUCAAGGGUGGAAACGACGAUCUGGCAAGAAAGUGAAGACUGUUGAACACUACAGGGAUUCAACGGGAAAGCGUCGCUGGAAGGGAACAAAGGCACUACGCGCCACAGAGCAGUAUCCGAUGAGGUUUGCCCGAGAAGUCCUGGACAUGGUCGAGUCCAUGAAGGCUUCCUGCAAAGGUCUUCCUGAGAUUCCAACUGAGUUACCACCAGCCAUCGUCACAUUUUCAGAACUUGAAUGGGAAACUUCGGAGGUUUGGAUGUUUUUAGAUCUCGCUUCAGUCUAUGAAUACCUGAGGGGCAACAAAAACCUCAAGAUCCCAAUUGAAUGGCGCCCUUUUGUGCCAAAGUCCUUGGGGAAAACUGUUUGA